UCUUUGUGCCUCUCUUUCCCUGUUAAUGCCCUACCUGGCCCCCUGGCAAAACUUUGGGUAAACACAUGAAUAAGACAGGGAGACAAAAUAGGCAUAUAAAUAUAGCUGUGGUCAGAAGGUUACAUACACUCAUCAUGGAUAUAAAUGCCAUAGGAACUUCGGACUUUUAAUGAUUUCUUUGGACUUCUUUUUGCAAUAAUUAAAAGAUUGUACAAACACAAAUUGGAUGCACAUGUUUAAAAUUAAUUAGGAUUCCCCCCCAGUAUUUGGUUAAAUUCCUCUUAGCAAGGCACACCUUGAUUAGGCCCUAUUGGUAUAUUUGACCACUCCUCUUGGCAGUGUUGGUAGAGCACAUUUAAAUUAGUUGGUUUGGUUUGGCAGCUUUUAAGCAUAGUCAUAGUGUACAUACUGUAGGUAUGCGUAAUUCAGAACGUCUAGAAGAAGACUGUCAUCCUUAGAUGAGGGGAAAUUGUUUAGGAUGUUCAAAAACACUCCAGGAACCAUUUAGCCUCAUUGUGCUUUUUUGGUUAAGAAGGGUCUACCUUCAAGCUCCAAUCCAGCUUCACAUCUAAGAAGUGAAAGUUCAUGUUUCUGCACAACAAAUGCCAUCUUAGCCAAACCUUAACCUUAUUAACCUCCUAGGACCUGGCAAAAAAUCUGGUAAUUCUUUGUUUUUACAUUCAUCGGGCCCCAAUAUGCCUAAAUAUCAAAGAGAAAUUAAAAAUGCAUGCCGUGGAAGAGUUCGGAUCUUAGGAGGUUAAUGUACCAACCAGUUCACAAUAAAGACACACAAUCUUUAUUAUGAAUAUAAAUUCAGGAAUAACCAUUCUUCUGCUUUUUUUUUUUUGCAUGCAAGCAUUAUCUGUUUGACAACAUUGCUAAGCAGCAAUUGUGAUGAGGAUCACCUUCCUUCACUUGGAAGCACAGCAGCUGACAGAAGGAGGGCAGCAGUUUCAACAAGGUUCACCGCUUGUUUCGAGGAUCUUCAAACAGUACAUGCUGCUAUGUGAUUCGGAAACAAGACGCAAACGAUUAAACGCUCUCCCCCGAGCACUUGCCACAUCUUCCGCUCUUUGAAUUUACAUGGCAUUUAUGAACACUCACAAGGAAAACAGAAAAAGCGGGAGUGGGAUAGCUGGGGAAGAGGACUCCGGGAGUGGAGGAGUCUCAUUAUUCUGUUAUGGAUUGCACAUGUCAGGCAGUAAGUGCUCUUUUUAUCCUUCCAAAGCACUAGCCUCGGCCACUGAGCGCAUUUCCCUACCCGAGUGAAAUUUACCAUGUUAAGGCUCACGCCACCAGGGGAAUGGUGGUGAGAGCUCUGGGUCGCUGUUAAGAUUUACCGCCUUGAUUAAAUAAAGGGCUCUGGUGUGAAUAAGAGGCUGAGGGAGAAAUCUUCGUAACAUAAACACAUGUUUUAUACUCAACAGUAAAUUGAUUAGACCCCAUCCUUACACAAACACACACACAGACUUUUACACCUCUUUAUGGUGUGCUACAUGUCACACUGGGUUUUAAACAAAGAACAGAAAGGGGGCAGUGGAGGAUUGCUUGUGGCUCAGGGUGGCUUUCUGCCAGUACACAGAAAAGAUGUGUCUUCUCAAAAGGGCUUGUUCCCAUUUAUUACUGCCUGCAUACCUUGAAAAGUUCACCCAGGAAAAAAAAUAUUAUUCCUCUCUUUUUAUUUGGGAAGAAGAGGACUCUUAUUUGAUGCAACGCGCUUCACAUAUUGUAACACUUCCCAAAAAAACCCUUUUAAAUUCAGUCUCAUGUUCUUCAAAUUUCCAGCCUUUCCUUUAGUCCUUAAAGCUCCAGGAAGGUGCUUUGCCAUAAUUAGCUGCACUUUGCUGGGAUAAAGCAUUUUUUUAAACCCACAGCGUAACAUAUGACAGUCUGAAACAAAGCAAAAUGUAACUGGUUUUAGCCAAAGACGGAGCAACAAUUUUCAGUUUGCAAAGGUAGGUGAGUAUGGGGUCAGCUGAUUGAUGUGCCUCCAGUGUGUGUCUAGGCUCCCUGCUGGAUAUAGUGGACACCAGCUGGCACUGUUCAAAUUCAAAUCCUACAAGCCAAUCAGGAUUGCCUUUUCAACUAAAAGCCAAUGUGAUUGGGUGACACUUUGUUUCUACGGUGUGUGUGUGUGUGUGUGUGUGUGUGUGUGUGUGUGUGUGUGUGUGUGUCACACUUUAUCACAAUGGCAACACUUAUUUCGACUUUUUCACUGGUCACUCUAAUACCAACCCGCUAAUACAGUUUAAAAUAACUAUGCUGAUCGUUUUUGCAGGUUAUGUGGGCUGAUCUACACUGAACAUCCACACAUAUGGAGAAAAGGUUAAUUUGAUCUACAGUUAGACUAAGAACGGUUUUACAAUAACCUAUGCUCUUCAUGUUGUUAAAAGCGUUCCAUGUAAAUGCAUGUGUUUGCCUCUUCUUAGUCCUGCCACUGCAGCCCAGAUUUGUAAACCCAAAGAUCAGCAGCAGUAACUCGUUUCGUUACAGGCCACUUUGUGUUAUGAUUUCCUACUAACGUGCAUGAACGCACCACAUGGUGCGAUUUACGAUGUAGGAGAAGUCAAGAGACGAAGUUUAUGAGGCGGCAUUGAACGCAGCACAGGACUCCCUACGUUUUUUUCCCCCUCCGCUUCAUAGGGGAGGGAGAAUGUGGGGGGCUGUUUGACUCCUGUCUCCCCACCCCCAGCCCGUACGGAGUGGCUUUAGGAAGAAAAGAAUCCAAACCUGCAACUCGGAGAUAACGAGACACACACCAAUAAAGAGAUACACGUUUGGAGAUCCGCGCGCGGCGGUGUCGCGCACGGAUUAUUAUAGGGCAUUUUAUUUUUCUUUCACUGAGGAGAUUCUGGUUUGGAGCGUCUGAUCUUGGGGGGAAGGAAUACAAAUGUACGGAGAAUAAAAGGAGUAUUUCAUACAUGCUCUCUUCGCUAACAAGUGACUGCCGCUGGAGAAAGUGGAAUAUAGUGUUUUUUUUUCUGCCGCAGGAGAUUCAACGUAACUGUUUUUAUUUGCUCUGAGGGAACUGACCGCUUACCCCAAGCAUACGGAUUUAAAACCUGUCCCCAGGGGUGGGGGGGAUAGUCUCAAAAGUACUUUUCUCACGCCGCUGAAAGCGUCAAGCUGUCCUGCUUGAAGACCCCACACGUCCUCGUGCAGUUGGGGCCUCGGCUCUCCGGCCAGGUCAAAGGUCACUCCGACCCUACCCUCCCCCUCCCCCUCCCCCUUCCCUACCAGAGCCAAGAUGGCCACCAGUGGUGCCCUGCGCAUCUCCUUGCAAGUCCUGCUGCCUGUGAUCACUCUGCUGCUAUCACUGCUGCUCACCGGCUCCAACGCCACACUACCACGCUUCACAAAAGUUCCCGUUGACCAGAUUGGUGUCUCGGGGGGUGUGGUCUCCUUUGUCUGCCAGGCAACAGGUUACCCCAAGCCAAAGGUUAGUUGGAACAAAAAAGGAAAGAAGGUGAACUCCCAGCGUAUAGAGACCAUAGAGUUUGACGAGGGUGCCGGUGCAGUUCUGAGAAUCCAGCCUCUCCGAGCGCCACGUGAUGAGAACGUCUACGAAUGCGUGGCUGAGAACAGCGAAGGCGAGAUUGUCACCAGCGCCAAGCUGUCCAUCAUCCGAGAGGACCUUCUUCCACCAGGCUUCCCUAACAUUGACAUGGGGCCUCAGCUCAAAGUAGUGGAGCGCACUCGAACAGCCACCAUGCUCUGCGCCGCCAGUGGCAACCCUGACCCGGAAAUCACUUGGUACAAAGACUUCCUGCCGAUUGACCCCACUGCAAGUAAUGGGCGAAUCAAACAGUUACGCUCAGAAACCUUUGUGGGUACCCCGAUUCGAGGUGCCUUGCAGAUCGAGAACAGCGAGGAGACGGACCAGGGGAAGUACGAGUGUGUGGCGUCUAACGUGGAAGGCGUGCGCUACUCGUCCCCUGCUAACCUUUAUGUGCGAGAGCUUCGAGAAGUCCGGCGGGUGCCUCCUCGCUUCUCCAUUCCACCAGCAAGUCAGGAAAUCAUGCCCGGUGGUAGCGUCAACAUAACGUGCGUGGCAGUGGGGUCGCCCAUGCCUUAUGUCAAAUGGAUGCUGAACGCUGAGGAUUUGACGCCAGAGGAUGAGAUGCCAGUGGGUAGAAACGUUCUUGAACUGAGCAACGUUCGUGAGUCAGCCAACUACACCUGUGUCGCCAUGAGCAGCCUUGGGAUUAUUGAAUCUAUGGCACAGAUCACUGUCAAAUCUCUCCCAAAGCCCCCAGGUACCCCCGUAGUUACGGAGACCACUGCCACCAGUGUGACCAUCACCUGGGACUCAGGAAACCCAGAUCCAGUGACAUACUAUAUCAUCCAAUAUAGGGCCAAGUCUCCAGACAGCAAAUAUGAAACUAUGGACGACAUCACCACUACACGUUACAGCAUUGGCGGCCUUUAUCCCAACACGGAGUAUGAAAUCCGUGUCUCAGCUGUCAACACAAUUGGCCAGGGUCCUCCUAGUGAGCCGGUAGAAACUCGGACUGGUGAACAAGCCCCGGCCAGUCCACCAAGAAACAUUAAGGCCCAGAUUCUUCCCCAAAAUACCAUGAUGGUUCAGUGGGAAGAGCCAGAGGAGCCCAAUGGGCAGAUUAAGGGCUACCGUGUUUAUUACACCAUGGAUAACUCCCAGCCCAUGAGCCUCUGGCAGAUCCAUAAUGUCCAGGACAGCCUCAUCACCACUAUCCAGAGCCUAGUUCCUCAAGAGACCUACACAAUCAAAGUUUUAGCAUUCACCUCUGUAGGGGAUGGACCUUUUUCAGAACCCAUCCAUGUCAAAGUACUGCAAGGAGUUCCAGGUCAACCAUCUAAAUUCCAGGUUGGUGCUGUGUCCGAUACCAGCAUUCAACUAACCUGGGAACCCGCCUAUGAGAAAGAGGGAAUUAUAAGUUAUGAACUUCGUUAUAUGGAAAGCACUUUUGGAGGCCAGAUGAAGAAAACAUUUGGACCCACAACAUCAUAUGUUGUGGAAGGUCUCCGUCCCAACACAGAGUAUCGCUUCUCCCUGGCAGCCAUCUCUAACAAAGGCAUCGGAGCCUUCACAAAUGACAUUACGCAGAAGACCUUGCAAGCGAAGCCCUCAGCUCCCCCUCAAGAAGUUAAGUGCAGCAGCACCAGCUCUACCACCCUGUUGGUAAGUUGGCGCCCCCCACCUUUGGAGAGUCAGAAUGGUGCCCUGGUGGGGUAUAGGGUGCGCUACCAGGUGGUGGGCCAGUCAGAAGGGGCCGGUGACAACGAGGAACCGCUGGAGGAGCCCAUGGUGCCUGCCACUGAGGAGCAGGUGUUGCUUCAGCGAUUAGAGAAGUGGACCCAGUACCGUGUCACGGUGUCUGCCUCCACUGUGAUUGGACCUGGCCCCGAGAGUGAGCCCCUCGUCUGUCGGACCGACGAAGAUGUUCCUGGGGCUCCUCCAAGACGGGUGGAGGUGGAGGUUAUCAACUCCACAGCAAUUAAGGUGAUGUGGCGUUCUCUUACGCCAGGCAAGCAGCACGGACAGAUCCGUGGCUACCAGGUUCAUUACGUGCGUGUGGAAAAUGGCGAGUCUCGAGGCCUGCCUCUCAUCAAGGAUGUCAUGCUGGCUGAUGCCCAGUGGGAAACAGACGAUACAGCUGAAUAUGAAAUGGUCAUUGGAGGACUCAAGCCAGAAACCACUUACUCCAUCACAGUGGCAGCAUACACCACCAAGGGGGAUGGUGCUCGGAGCAAACCCAAACUGGUGGUGACCAAAGGCGCAGUACCUGGUCCGCCCUAUCUGUCAGUGGCUCAGGACUCAGAGACAUCAGCCGUGGCUCGCUGGGAUCCUCCAGAUCUAACCAAUGGCAUGGACCUGCAGGGUUACCGGCUCCAGUUUGGCAGAAAAGAUGUCUCUCCUUUGGCCACACUGGAAUUUGCUCCCCAAGAGCGGCAGUACUCUGUGGGCAACAUUCACCGGGGGGCAAUUUAUCUCUUUAAGAUCUCUGCCAAGAGCAGGGGUGGCUUUGGGGAAGAGGCUGUGGUAGAAGUCAAUGUGCCUGAGAAUACGCCAGGGGGAUACCCACAAAUUAACGAGGGCUCCAAUGUGACUUGCUGCUCAGUGCAGCUGUCCUGGUCUCCACCAGUCCUGGCAGAGAGGAAUGGGGUAAUCACAGAGUACACUUUGGCCUAUAAAGAAGCUGGCACCAGAGAAGCUCCACGGGAACUCCACUUACCCCCCAGCCUCUUCAGCUAUGUGCUCAACAGCCUCAAACCGAACUCGGCAUAUGACGUGAAAAUACGUGCACACACCAGUGUAGGUCCAGGGCCCUACAGCCCACCUAUCCAGUAUCGGACCGUGGCCUUUGAUCCAGCAGAUGUUCCAAAGAACUUCACUGUAAAGUGGGCCACCAAGUCCACAGUGGUCAUUGCUUGGAAGUUUUCUGAAAGCAGGUCCCCGUAUAAAUGCACUAUUGAGUAUAACCGCCAGAAGAUGGAUGUGGAUGCCAGGCAGCUGAAGGUGUUCGUCACUGGACUAAGACCUAACACCACCUAUGAGUUCACAGUGAUCUGUCAAGAAAGCAUAAAUGGUGGGCAAAGACAUCGGGUAAUAGCCAGGACAGCGCCGCUCAUGCUGAUCAGGAAACCCAAGUUGGACAUCUACAGUAACUCGGAUACCGCGCUCACCAUGUCCUUUCCAUCAUUUGACAGCAAGGAUGUCAAGAACUUCUAUGUAGUAGUGGUGCCGCUUAAGAAGACCCCAGGAACUGUUAAAGACUUGAAAAACCCUGAUGAGAUAGACAUAGAAGAGCUGUUGAGGGAGGUGAAUCCAAAGCGCCGUUCACGCCGUCAGCUGGACCAGAAGAAGCCCUACAUCAUAGCCUGCUUCAGGCAACUGCCCGCUAGCUUCACAGUAGGAUCUGAAAAUCGCCACAGUAACUGUGAGAACAAGCCUCUCGAACCUGGCCAGGAGUAUGUCUUCUUCCUGCUGGUUGAACUCAAUGCCACUAGCGGGAAAAUGUUUGCAGCAAGCCCAUAUACCGACACGGUGGUGACUCCUGAGCUGGUCGUGGACCCUUUGCCAGUAGACGCUGGAGAUGGUCUCAUAUGGGUGCUGGGCCCCGUCCUGGCUGUUGUCUUCAUUAUCUGCAUCGUCAUCGCCAUUCUUCUGUAUAAAAACAAACCCGACAGCCACAAAAGAAAAGAGUCGGAGCCACGCACAAAAUGUCUGCUGAACAACGCAGACAUUACACCCCAUCACCCCACAGACCCCGUGGAGGUGAGGCGCAUCAACUUCCAAACUCCAGAUUCUGGUCUAAGCAGUCCUCAGAGUGAAGCAGAUUUUGACUAUGAAAGUAUGAUGAAUCAUCCUCCUAUCCCUAUCUCAGAGCUGGCUGAACACACAGAACUUCUCAAGGCCAACGACAACCUCAAACUCUCCCAGGAAUAUGAGUCUAUUGAUCCAGGCCAGCAGUUCACCUGGGAGCACUCCAACCUGGAGGUGAACAAGCCCAAGAAUCGUUACGCCAACGUCAUCGCCUACGACCACUCACGUGUCAUCCUGGCUCCCAUAGAGGGUAUAACAGGCAGCGAUUACAUCAACGCUAACUACAUUGAUGGCUACAGGAAGCAGAAUGCUUACAUUGCCACCCAAGGACCUUUACCAGAGACAUUUGGAGACUUCUGGAGGAUGGUGUGGGAACAGAGAGCAGCCACUAUUGUCAUGAUGACCCGGCUGGAAGAGAAGUCGCGGAUUAAGUGUGAUCAAUACUGGCCAAGUCGAGGUACAGAGACCUACGGUAUGACCCAAGUGACCCUUUUGGACACGAUAGAAUUGGCCACUUUCUGCGUGCGCACUUUCUCUUUGCACAAGAAUGGUUCGAGUGAGAAGCGGGAGGUUCGUCAGUUCCAGUUCACCGCCUGGCCUGACCACGGCGUACCAGAGUACCCAACCCCAUUCCUGGCCUUCCUCCGUAGGGUGAAGACUUGCAAUCCGCCUGACGCUGGACCAAUCAUUGCUCACUGCAGUGCGGGCGUAGGCCGGACGGGCUGCUUCAUCGUCAUCGACGCCAUGCUGGAGCGGAUCAAGCACGAGAAGACGGUCGACAUUUACGGCCAUGUGACACUUAUGCGAUCGCAGCGGAAUUACAUGGUGCAGACCGAAGACCAGUACAGCUUCAUUCAUGACGCACUGCUGGAGGCGGUGGCCUGCGGAAACACUGAGGUGGCUGCCCGGAGCCUGUAUUCUUACAUCCAGAAGCUUGCACAGGUGGAGAGCGGUGAGCACGUCACUGGCAUGGAGCUGGAGUUCAAGCGUUUGGCCAACUCCAAAGCCCACACGUCGCGCUUCAUCAGUGCCAACCUUCCCUGCAACAAGUUCAAAAAUCGGCUGGUUAACAUCAUGCCCUACGAGACCACUCGUGUUUGCCUGCAGCCAAUCAGAGGCCUGGAAGGAUCUGACUACAUCAAUGCCAGCUUUAUUGAUGGAUACAGGCAACAGAAAGCCUACAUUGCCACGCAGGGCCCUCUGGCGGAGACUACAGAAGACUUCUGGAGAAUGCUCUGGGAGAACAACUCCACUAUUGUAGUCAUGUUGACCAAACUUAGAGAGAUGGGACGGGAAAAAUGUCACCAGUACUGGCCUGCAGAGCGCUCUGCCAGGUAUCAGUACUUUGUGGUAGAUCCCAUGGCAGAGUAUAACAUGCCUCAGUACAUCCUCCGAGAGUUCAAGGUCACAGACGCCAGGGAUGGCCAGUCCAGAACAGUAAGGCAGUUCCAGUUUACUGAUUGGCCAGAGCAAGGCGUGCCCAAAUCGGGGGAAGGAUUCAUUGAUUUUAUUGGCCAGGUGCAUAAAACCAAGGAGCAGUUUGGGCAGGAUGGCCCAAUCUCUGUCCACUGCAGUGCUGGCGUGGGCAGGACCGGAGUCUUUAUCACCCUUAGCAUCGUCCUGGAAAGGAUGCGUUAUGAAGGUGUGGUUGAUAUCUUCCAAACGGUGAAGAUGCUCCGAACACAGAGGCCAGCUAUGGUCCAAACUGAGGAUGAGUAUCAAUUCUGCUAUCACGCAGCUCUGGAGUACUUAGGAAGCUUUGAUCACUAUGCAACGUAAAAAGCCAUCUCCCCCCCUCCCCCUCCUCUGAAUCCUGUUGCCCCCCCACCCCCACCUCAACAGCCUCUUGAGCCAUAGGAACUAAAAUUUAAAACGACAGCAAACAACCACAUCGCCACCGCCAAUUCAGCCACAUCAACCAGGAUCUCCUAGAUUUAUUUUUUUUUUAAGACAACACCCGGUCCAACCAGUUCAGAGUCCAAUUUGACUUUUCAAAUAUGCCACAAGGAAACACAAGAAAAUUGUCCAUCAUCUCAAGAAAAGAAGAUCCUCGGCAGGGGAGGAACCAGAUGCUGUGGCUCAAGAUGUGGGGCGGGUUUUGAUCAAAGUGUCAGACUGCUUACCUUACCUCAAGUGUUUCAAUGUGGAGGACAUUGUAAACAUUCGUGGACGUUUCUCUUCUCAAAAAAUAUCUUCGUGACACAACAGUAACAAGCGACAGAUGACGAAGGAAAAGGAAGGCAAAAAAAAUACAAAUAAAAAUGUAAAAAACACUGAGAAGCAGAUGGAUGUAGCCAAGACUUGGUGACUAUCUUGUUUUUUGAUAUGCUCGGGUGUAAAAGGGGUUCAAGUAUUUCCAUCAACACAGUGUGUGAGUAAUAUUGUGAGAAAUGAAGAAACUGGUUGCCUGCAUAAAAGAUUUAUCAAGCUGUACAAAAAAAGUGAAACAAAAUAAACAGAAAAGGACAAGUUCACUCACAUUCGGCACCAAAUCCUUCAAGAAAACCUAAAGUUUUUACAGUAUUUUGUGUGGGAUAACACUCGACUAUUAAAGCGACUUCUUCUCGAGCACUAAGAGCUAAAAGAAGACACUUUUUGGUUUUCUUACAGUUGUGAGGAUGAAAACAGCGACACAUUUCUUAAAAUGUGCUAAUUGCAUCAGUUGUGAAUUCGUGUGAAAUCAGUAUCCUCAGCCAGGUAAUCGCAGGAAUGUUGCAACACGCCAGUAUAUUAACAGUGCAAAGAUCAGUCACCGGAUAAAAGUCUCGCCUGCUGCACGAAGCCUCCGCCGCGUCGUCUUGCGUGCAGCCAAGGUGAGACAAGCGGCAGCCGUGUCCCGUGAUUUUUCUUUCUUUCUUCUGUUUUUUUAACAAUCGCUCCUGUCUUUGGAACCACUACAUUGUGGGGCUGCGGUUUCAACAUCCACGGUUUUGAACAAGAGAUAAACCUGGUGGGGGGGGAAGGCUUUGGAACAAAAAUGGAACAACCAAACAAGGAUUGCCGCAAAAGUGAGGGCUCUCUUUGUGUACAGUGACCAACGCUCAUCGUCAUCCUCCAGAACUUUGUCUAAUGAGGAAUUAUCUCGUUUUUCUCGUUUUUUUUUAUUAUUAUGAUUUUCUGUCAAAACCAAACAUGCUGCUUAUCUCGUGUACGCUGUACGUGUGACUUUGGAAGGAGAGGAAACUGAUGAAUCAAAGAUGCCAUCUCUGAUAACUGGCAUGACUGAAAGCGCAUCCACUUGACGUCAUCAUCCACGCCUCCUUUUCCCCUCCCUCUCGCCCAGCCUCCUCUAUAAUCAUCUAUAUCAUUGUAUAAGACGCUCAAGUGGCAAAGGCCUGCUGCAGUUACCAAGCUGCACAUUAAUGUGGUUGAAAAAUUGGCCUUUAGUUCCACUGUUUGUGUGUUUUGGUGACAGGUGGAUACAUUUAAACAAAAAACAAAAACCAAAAAAAAAACAGAUGCUUUGGUAUUUGCCCUCCGUUUUCAAGGUGAUGUCUCUGUGGGUGACACAGCCAGACCAAGGAGCCAUGAUGGAUCUCGACGCUGUGACGCGUUCCUGAAACUCUCCAGUACAAGUUACUUGCACAUCCCCAAACGAAAAAAAGAUUAACUUUAAACGUAUUACCCCCGCCAACCCCUCCCUACUCUCCCCGAACAACUGCAGGUCGACACACUAGUGUAUGUUGUGAUUUAAAAAGAAAAAUCAAGCUUUUGAGAUCACCGGGUUUUCAUUUCGAGAACAGCGCUUUGGUAUACGCGAGCGUUACGGAUCCCGCGCAGGUUUCCGGUGGGUGUGCACAAAAGCCGGAGCGAUGGACAGAACUGUGUGUAAUCUUUUCUUAUUUCCAAAAAAGCCUUAUUGUUACUGUAACAUUACGAAAACAUUAAUGUUGUAUUAUGACGACUUAUUUUACACUACAUAGUUGACUUUUUAUUAUGUUUUUGGUUGUUUUGUUUUUUUCAGUUUAGUUUUCUAACAGAUGUUGUAUCAUUUUUUAAAAUUAGCAGGAAAAGAGAAAAGCUUAUCUGUUCAUAUUAUGUUUAAAGACAUUCUAUUUUUUCACUGUAGAAAUGUUAAGUAUAACAUGGCUGUGUGCUUGUGCGCAUAUAUGUAUGCAUUCAUGUGUACUGCGCACUCACACAUUCAUAUAUAUUUAAAUGCAGAAUAUGAAGAUAUAUCCAAACCUUAGUAUGAAUUAUAUGUUUCUCCUCAUCAUCUUUUUUGUUUUUUAAACAUGUCAGUUCUCAUGCUUGAAAAUAUGAUUUUAUUUCAUUUUGUUUUUCUUUGUGUGUGUGGUUUUUUUAAUAUAUACAUACAUAUAUAUAUAUAAAUAUAUAAUCUUAGAGACCUUGUGUGUUUCUUAAUGGAAGGUGAGGGAAGCACUAUGCCUGAAUCCUCUGCCUCCACUCACCAUUGCUCUUCUACCUGAGGGUAGAACCUGUGCCGAUGAGGAGAUGCCAUUUUUUAUUUCUAUUUUUUAUUUUUUUGUCGUUUUUUCUUUUUCUUUUGAGCAACUGUUGAUGAAGUGAUCUACAAAAUAUCAAUCAAAUAUUUCAAAACUGACGAUUUUUUUCUUACCUAUAUAGGACCAACUUGACGAACUGUAUCUUGUAUGAUCAUGGUCAGGCUAUGACCCUCGCAGUUUAAGAAAAUCCUCUUCAAGUUCUCUUUUCUUUUUUUUUCUUUUUCAGACAUAAUGUGGCCAUUCAUUUUGUUAGAUAUCCACUAUGAUCUAGAGUAUACCUGUAAAUAAACAAAUAUAUAGAUUAUAUGUAUUUGUAUCAUUUGACCUCAAGAUCUCAUACUUUAGGUGGGGACAGAAAUACAAAAAUCAAAGUCCUUCUCACAUCCUGGUGGUUGUAGAGCCUGCUUUCUGAAACCUCUCUUCUCCAGUCCUUCCUCCCUGGUCUUUAAUUACCACUCACUUUUCUUCUGACUUUAAUUUCCCCUGCUAGCAGUUGAAAUGGGAAACAUGCCAGCCUCUGUUCUCAUACCUAUAGCCUCAAACAGAGCACGAAAUCAGCACCAGUGAUCUGCUGGUAUAAUUUGACCAAGCCUGGGAGGUUAGUUCUUUCUGUCAACUAUUUGAAUUGCUAAUCAAUCAUUAUUUCAAGGACCUGUUACAUUCUUAUUCUAGGUGAAAGACAGAGUGGAGCAACUAAAGGGUGUUUUUGAAAAAGAAAUAUUGUCUUAAAAUAAUUCUCAAACAAAGGAUUAAUCACAAAGGUGUAAAUUCUUAAAGCCACAGCUACGGUAAAAACGCUGGAGGCAUCCUUCAUUCCUUAACACUUUCCACAAAACCCCCAGAAGAUGUGCAACUGUUCAACUCCCUAAAAUGCCAAGGUGUUAAUCCAUAAAUAUAUCAUUAGCUGAGGAGCAAAUACAGCUAUGCUAAAGGCCAGACAUGGUUCAGUUCCAAGAUGACACGUUGAUUUAUUGUCUCCCCGGUGCAUUUUUUUUAAGCCUGGAACAGAACCAUACUGUUUUUUCUUUGGUUUUUGUUUUUGUCUUUGACCAUGCUUCAUUUUGGGAUGCAGAAAGAAAUCAGGACUCAGUGAAAGAUAGCAGAGUGAUGCAACCAAGGAAAGACUGAGACAACCAAAAACGUGCUGCAAAUUCACAUUUCCAGCAUGUCAUUUCUGAACAGUGGGAACCUUGAGAUGUUUCAUAAUGAACUCAAAGCCUAAGAUGAAAGACUCUGGAAUUCAGUGAGGCUGAUGAGAAAGGGCCCAGGCCAAAACUGAAACCAUGGAAGUCUUUCAAAGCUUGUGCAAUGUGUUACGUUUUUUUUUUUUUUGACUUAAUGUGAAGAUGUUAGGCUUUUGAAAACAAACCGCCAAAUUUGCAGGAGUAUGUUGAAUAUUUCAGGGGAAGAGGGGAAAUAACAAAAGAUGAACCCUAACUUAAUCAAUUAAUCAAAAUAACAGAACGUAUACAGUACGACAAAUUGGAAAAAAUAAAAAACAACCCAAAUUCAGAAAAAUACUUUUUUUGUAUGAGGGCCAAGUGCUAUCACUUUCAAACUGUUACUUCUAACUGAAACAAUAAUUGGUUUAAAGCCACUGUGUAUGUAGAUAUGUUGACUUUGUAUUAAAGAAAUGUUGUCUGAAAA